UUGCUCCUCCCACAUGGGGUGACCAGCAGCUUAACAUGAGCCUGAUUAAGUUUGUUACUGGUGAGUUCAAGAUGUUACUAGAAGUGCCCACCACAAUACAUGCAUGGACGUAGACCUCCUUUUGUACCAGUUCCAGAGAAGAUGGUGGCCGCUGUGCUCACCUUGUUCAACUCAAGACAACAUGUUCAACCUGAUGAGCAACUGCUGCAGCUGGAUCUCCAAGAUUCAGCAGCCUCUACGGAAAGUGACUCUUCUCGUCGUUGGUCUUGACAGAGCCGGAAAAACGUCUUCCAUCAGAGGGAUGCUGAGAGUCCCAAAUGCCAUGGAAGCGGGCCCCACCCAGAGCUGCGUGAGGAACGAGCUGCACGUGGACAACUUCCUGGUCACCAUGUUGGACGUUGGCGGGUCGGCAGAGAUGCGAGGAGCCUGGAGGCAGCUGGCCGGGGAAGCUCAUGGGAUCAUCUUCGUCGUGGAUUCCAGCGACAGACAGAGGAUUAAGGAGGUCAAAGAGGCUCUGUCUGACCUGCUGAGGCAACCACGAGUGGCUGGAAAACCCAUAUUGGUGUUGGCCAACAAACAAGACAAAAUGAACGCUCUACUGGAAAGUGAGCUGAUUGAAAUGCUGUCUUUGGAGAAGCUGGUCAACCAGAGCCGCUCGCUGUGCCAUAUUGAGCCGUGCUCAGCCUUACUGGACCUGCGCCGGUGGUCAGACAGGAAGAUCUCACGAGGCCUUCGCUGGCUGCUGCGAGCCAUUUGUCUGGAUUACCCAGAGUUGUGCUCCAGAGUCGCCCGAGACGCCAAGACGCCUCUGGAGCCCAGAGAGAAUCUGAAGCAUGGAAAGGUGGAGCGGCUUCGCAGGAAAUCCAAGGGUGAUCGGAUGCGCCACAGCAAGUCGGACAUACGCCAGGUUCAUCGACCGAAGGAAAAGGAGAAGCGCAGCAGUCGGGAAGGAAGUCUGCACCCCAUUCGUAACAUCCUCCAAAAGGAAAACUCACUUAAAAAGAACAUGAGGAGGAAAACAAAGAAAAAGAAAAAGUUAGAGAAUGUCAAGUCCAGUGAAAAAGAGGAUUCGAAUGAGGCCGAGGAAGAUGAGGGUGACAGUAAUGAAGGAGAGAAUGAAACAUCAGGGAGCAGAGAUAAAGCCAACAGUGCUCUGAUCCCCCCGAAAAAAGGGAAGCUGAGACGAAGGCCCAGAGUGAAAGAAGAGACCGUCGACGAGCCAGAAUCAGUGGACAUUGACGAAAAGCUCCUCAAAGCGAAAGGGGAAAAGCACAGGAAGAAGAAGACGGUGACAGUAAAAAGGAAGAACAAGAUCAACUCAGUGGAAGUUCCUGGUGGUUACUCUCAACCUGUGGAUCUGUCUGCCACCUUUGAUCUUUACCGAAAAGCAAUUCAGGCGCUGAAGGAACGUCAGGAUCCGUGAGAGCAAGAAACCUGUGGCCAAGUGUGGGGAACGUUAUUUAUUUUUUUAACUCUAGAUCCAUUGUUAUUGUGAAGGACAAACUCACAGAAUAAGUACUACUUAGUUGUUGUGUUGUUCUUGAGCGAAUAUUGAUUUUUAUUUUCUUAUUUUGACAAUGAAUGUUUACCUUGUUUGACUGUUUUCACUGAAGUUUCAGAGAUUCCAGCAAUGACCGGAGUGUGAGCUGGUGACGUUCAUUUGAAGUUUAUAAUAAAUGAUUUUUCCAUGUCA